AUGUUAACAACUAACGAACUUCCUCAACAUAUUUCGUUUCUCCAAACUUACCGAGUUCAGCAAUGCUCAAGGCAGUGCUAUAGCCAAGAAGGCUGCAUGGACUAUCAUUCUCUUUCUGAAAAAAGAAGACCCCCAUUUCUCAGCUCUGGAAAUUUAGCGUAUACAGCAAUUAUGUGCCAUCAGCUUGUCCAAGGAAAAAGCUGUCCUAAAGGAGACUCAUGUUCGUCUUGUCACACCUUUUCUGAGCUUACAUACCAUCCAAGUAAAUAUAAGACUACGUGGUGCAGCGAUCCUGACUGUAAAGGCCCAGAAUUUUGCCCCAACGCACACAUAAAUUUUGAGCAACUUCGGACAUUUCCUGCCUCUCCAAAAUCCCACCCAUUUUCUCCUCUUAUUAAAAACCCUAACCAUCUAGACUUAUCUGUAUUUAAGACUCAGCCAUGUAAAAUAUCAGCACCUCACAACCCCAAGCACUGCGAAUUUUAUCACUCAAGUCGUGAUAAAAGAAGGCCAGAGUUUUAUUCCCCUGAUUUACAUAUUAAAAAUGUCAGUUAGGGAUAGGUCCUAGCUCCUGUUCAAACAGGAUGGACCUAUAAGCCAAGCUUAGUGAGAGAAGUCAAUCUUCUUGAGAGCUUCAGCUUUGAAGAGAAGGGUCAUUACUGUGUCUGGCACUGACUAGAGAAGUCUUAAUAGGCUUAUUAACUUUAAAGGCUCGACGGUUAGGUCGGUUCACCUACCGUUGCUCAGAGCUGUUAAUUUAGCUGAACCUCAAGCAAGGGGACUUUAUAGGCAUUCAAAAUGCUAGGGUAUUUCAUAAAACUUAAACCCUGAUUUAUGUGGAGAUGGCGAAAAAGCAAUAUGUGGCAAUGAAAGUUGUGAUAAAUCGCAUAAUAGAGUAGAGCAGCUUUACCAUCCAGAAAAAUAUAAAACAAAAUUUUGCACUUUUUUCCCUUAUAAAACCGAACAUUGCGAAUAUGGAAAUUUUUGUAGUUUCGCUCACUCAGAAGACGACAUCAAAGUUGAGCUAAUCCAUAAGUACCAGAGAGGUCAUGAUUUUUAUUUAAAUUUUUUCAAAACAGUUUGGUGCCCAUUUAACUCGCCUCAUGAUAAGGCUUUGUGUGUGUAUGCUCACAAUUGGCAGGAUUUUAGAAGAAAGCCAGAUAGCAAUAAUUAUAGCUCUUUGCCUUGUCCGAACUGGAGAUCAUCAACUUUUAUAUUAAGCUACGAAGAAGGUGGAUGCCCUAAUAUGAUGAACUGCACAAGAUGCCAUGGGUGGAAAGAAAUAGAAUAUCAUCCUAGGACUUAUAAGACAAGACUAUGCACCCUUGGGAGAAAUUGCCCCAAAAUUCAGGACUGCCCAUUUUAUCAUAGUGCUAGGGAUAGAAGGGUUGUUGAUAACUCUCCUUUUAAAGAGUACCCAAUAAAUAGCAACUAUAAAUCUCAAACCCCGCAUCCACAAAAAAGCAUGCUUUCUCCAGGAUUCUCUCAAAAAGUGGCACAAACUCCAUUUCUUGCUAAUCAAGGGCUCCCGUUCGCUUUUGUUCCUUCGCACAAUGCAGCACUUGUUAACCAAAUAAAUAGCACAACUGAUGAAUUUGUAUUACACAGAGGAACUCCAACAAGAACUAAGCUGUCCGCAGAAGCACCUGAUUUUAGCGAAGAAAAUAAAAAUAUAGUUGAUCCAAGAGUUGUGCAAUUUUUGUCAAGGCAUAACAUGAAGCAUAUGAAAAAUAUGUUUGCUGGCAUUCGGUGGGAGGAUUUAGGUAGAGUAAAAUUGGAAGGCAGGCUUGGAGAAGCACUUGCUAUUGCCUUAAAAGAAGAGCAAGAGGAAGCAGAUUUAGGUGAAGAGCUCAUUGAUCAUUCAUUCCCUAUCACAGCUAAAACAGAACAAAAACCUUUUGAAAGCUUAUUAGAUGAUGAUCCAAUAUCAAAACAAGAUAUUUGGAAACCCGAAAAUUUGGAAGAUUCUAGCAAAAAUAAUAAUCCUACUGUCAAAUUUACUUCUUUCCCUAACUUUAAAAACUGGUAA